GAAAAUGAGUUUCCGCGUCAAUGUUCAGGGCUCUUCUCAAAAAGGACGAUAUAUCGAAAUAUCUUUCCGCGAGAGCGGAUAUGUUCUCUCUUAUACGUAUUUAUAAUUGGUGAGUCAUCGUCUGGACAAAUGCACAAAGGGCAUUCCGAGUGAAAGUCACGGCUCGUAAAUCUACGGCGGCGGAGAAGGCAGGCAUUCCGUGAUGACCCGACGAGAUUACGCCAUUACUAUUCCUCGGCUGUAUCGUCGCGCAAUCGAUCUGGUUAAUCGAAGGAACGAUGCCAAACGACGAGAUUAUCAAGGGUCAUCGUCUAGUAACGAAAAUGUUGUGGUCGGAUCCGACGACACUGGAUUCCAAGAUUAUCUUGCCGUCGAAUUUGGAUCAACGAAAGUAUCCGAUAUGGAAGAUCCGCAUGUAUCACGGACUCGAGAUAAGUCCGCUAGAAAUUCGGCCGUUACCCACAAAGGAGGACGAUGGGGAGAAACCGAGAGGCCAACAGGUAGGCACCGGCGACAAGGUUUCACGGCGUGAGGUACCUCGUGUUAACGUGGAGGUCGGCACCGACAGCGGCGACCACCGAGAGCGGAAUUACGUCAGGGUCGCGCAAGGUGAAAUCUCCCGUGCGACUAACGAAAGGAACCCGCCGACCAAGGAGGAGAAGGAGAUCGACCUGAGUUUCCUCGACGACCUUGGCGGUCUGGCUUCCUUUCUGCCUGAUGCCGAGAAUAGCAAUACUCACACGCUUCUAAACGAAGAAGCGUCUUCUGGCUAUAGCGGCUUUUUCGACUGGUUUAUGUCGAAGUUACGAGGCACUUCCGUCAUCGAUGAAACAAAAGAGGAUGAGGGAUCCUCCGAUCCUAGAUUUGUCGGGUUGACUUCUAGCAAUACGCCGAAGAAACCAGCCAAAACGAAGAUGCCGAGACGUCAAUACGCUUUUGUGUUAUCGACGAACGUUGAUCCUAAUAUUUGAAAUGCUCGCCAAAUUGGAUCAUCCUAACGUGACGUUCAUAUCCAAGAUACCCGCUGUACUCCCCAUUGAUCGUUCCAAGAUUCCUCUUCCAAUCAUCGCAUGGUAAUUAUCAUCAAUCUGCGGAAAAUAAUCUCGCGCAAAUGAUACGCGAAAUUAGCGUUACCAAUCCACCAAUUCGAGCCGUCGACUUUCAUGGAAAUGGCGACGUAAUCGAAAGUAUAAUAUAGAAAGUCAAAACAAAUCAGUACAAUGAAACAGUACGACGUAAGCGUUAAUUUCGGAUAUUCAAAGAUGCAUUGAUUGAAUGAUUCUACCGACCAGCCCGCCGCAGGUUAAUUGACAUCUCGAUAUAUAAGUAUAGAAUUAUAUGCUAUUCAAAAUUAAUUUAACGCUCAGUUGAUAAUUAUGCCAUUUAUAGAUGUAGACGAAGAUUUCUUGGUUUCUUAAUUACGUAGAAUGAAAGCGAGUGUAAUUAAAUAAGUAUUUUAUCACAUGCGAUAAAAUAAAACAUUC